AUGACUUUAUUGAGAAUUGCUCUCUACCUCCUAUAUGCCUUCAUGGUCCAGGCUAUGCCGACUGCUUUAGAAACAGAGGCCAGGGUUGGCUUGCCAUGGACUAACAUGGGACUAAAAGCUUCAUCCUUCCUUUUUGGAAAGCGAAACUUAUUGGACAUAAAAUAUCCCCAGUACAUGAUGCAGCUCUACCAUUCUCUAACGAAGAAUGACACCAACCUCUCCAACCUUCAGCAUAAUGACAUUCCUGACUAUGACUCUGUACUGAGCCUCAUCGCAAAGAAUUGUACCAUAGUCAAUAAUCAUGUAAUGUUAUCCUUUGACAUGUCCUCGAUCUCUGCUAGCAACGAGUUGAAGUUGGCACAACUCAGAAUUCAUAUUCCUUCUUUGGAGAUUUCACAAAAUUUUACCCUGGACAUUUAUCACAAUAAAAAGGGUAACAACUUCUUCCUUGGGUCCUUCAAAAUCGAUCCUUCUGAUAUGAAAGAGUCCCCUUGGAGGAACUUUGACCUCACCAAAAUAAUUCAGUACUUCCUCCACAAAGGAGAGAAAUAUACGGAUGAAUUCAAGAAGACAAACUAUAUGAGAGAGAGGGACCUAGACACCACCAUGAUAAAACACACCCCAAGUAGAGACUAUGCAUCCAUGGCAGAGAAAGUUGUACUCGUGGUGUUUGCAAAGUCCUUUGACAGUAUCUCUGGUUCUCCUAGCCUCAUCAAAACAGUAGAGUCCUCCAAGCAUGUUUCACUUGUAAAUGACAACAGACUGCCCAACAUUAGGAGGCACAGAAGAAACAGACAUGAGAACCAUCAUCUGUUCAAGAGCAAUGGUCCAUCUGGGCCUAUAGAAAGUGGAAAACCACUUUGCCGCAGAGUGGACAUGAUUGUAGACUUUGGUGAAAUUGGAUGGGGGAGCUGGAUUCUCUAUCCUAAAACAUUUAAUGCCUACAGGUGUGUGGGCGCCUGUCCCGUUCCACUGAAUGAGACCUUCAAGCCUACAAACCAUGCCUACAUGAAGAGCGUGGUGAAGCUGUACCAGCCCGAGAGGGUGGAAUGCCCUUCGUGUGUUCCAAUUAGGAUGAGCCCGCUGUCCAUGCUGUAUUAUGAAGGCAAUGAUGUAGUUGUGAGCCAUCAUGAAGAGAUGAUUGUAGAGGAGUGUGGCUGCAGCUAG